AUUGCCAUGGCGGAAAUUUGAAAAGAAAGUGAAACGCUUUUGAAGAUUGAUAUUCAAAGUAUCAAACUGUACGCUUUUUUUCGAAGUUUUGAGCUUAAUGUUCAAGUGAAGAGAAUUUGAAACAACCUGUUUUUAAAGUGUGGUUUUCAAUAUAAAACUUGUCGCGUUUGCUGAAAAAGGAUGUCAGGAUUUAGUGAUUUGCUUCAGCAAGCCGAACAGCUGACAGCGGACAUUGAGAGUGGUGGCGAGCUUCCGAGGAUAGAGAGAAACCUGCAUCAAUUGGCAGAAGCAGGUGACCGACUGUGGAAGAAAACAACAGGGGGGGCUGGCGACGAUGCUGAUGUCAGAGCGUCUAUACUGCUCGGUUCCAAAGGCUUUGAUUUACCAAAGUUGUCUGAAAAAUUAGAUAAUCUUAGUACGGCCAAUACCUUUGAACCAUUGGAACCAAUCAGAGAUGCGGACAUUCAGGGUUUUUUGAGAAAUGAAAGGGAAAAUGCUAUCCUGGCUGCAAUAGAAGAAUCCAAAAAGAAUACAUUUGAUGAAGCGGAGAGGAAUCAUUGGAGAUGUAUGGAGCAAGACUGGGAACAAGAGAAGUUGAAAAUCUUAAAUUCUCUACUGGGUUCCGAUCAAGAUUCUCUUGAUUUCUCAACCGAGAUCAUGGACGGUGCUUUCAAUCGUGUUGAUCUCUCUCAGAGAAGUGGCCUGGAUUUCAUUGAAAUGGCAUAUGCAAGACAGAUCUAUAUGCACAACGAAGCUGUCCUUCAGGGAAUGGAUUUUGACCUCGUUGAUGGCUUUCACAACACGGCAAGCAAAUUCGAUGACCAGCACAUCAAAGAUUGCUGGAUGCUAGUUGAUCAAAUGACUGACCUCAAUGCAACGAUAUCGUCAACCUCCUCUGCUGAAAGGUCAAGAUUUUCCGUAGACUCACAGGGUUUUUUCAUACAGCGUGCGCGAUCAUUUUUAGAGAAACGGUAUCAGAAAUACAUAGAAAGAACAGUGUACAAUAAUCUACAGCAAGCUCAGCUUGGAGGUGUUCCAGGUGUUUUCUUUUUAGUAAAGAGUUUUUUAAAGAUACGACCGAUGGUUGCCAUCUCGCAUGAACUUGAGGACGGCGAAGUUGAAGGUGUUCCGCUGUGGCCGUUUAUCUACUAUUGUAUCAGAUGUGGUGAUCUUGACGCGGCGAUUCAAGUGGCCGAAAUAUCCCCACAUCACACUUCAAAAUUGAAAGAAUAUCUCCAGGAUUAUAUGCGCAAUGAGGACAAGAGAUUACAUCCAAGCUUGGAAGAAGAAUUGCGCCUUCAAUAUCGGCGGUCAGUGAACAACGGUUCCGACCCGUUCAAGAGGGCAGUGUACACUGUCUUGGGUCAUAUUUCUGACGCUGAAGAAUUGUCAGAUGUAAUCACGAAAACUGAUGAUUAUCUGUGGUUAAAGCUUUGUCAUAUUGUAUCGAGCAGCGAAACCCGAGACCACAGUCCUGGUACAUUGACAUUGCAAAAUCUUCAGAUGCUUUUGUUGGAAGAAUAUGGUGAAUCGUAUUUCAAGGCGAGCGAUAAUCCGCUGUUGUAUUUUCAAGUUUUGAUGUUGUCAGCACAGUUUGAAGCGGCUGUGGAGUUCCUUUCUCGCAUCGAAGCGUAUCGCAGUCAUGCCAUCCACUUCGCCAUUGUCAUGUAUUUGCGAAAUCUUCUCAUUCUAUCUGAAACCGUGCAAGCACCAUUGUUAACCAAAGAUUUGUCCGAUCUUGGAAUUCGAAAAAUAAACUUUGCUCGUCUUAUCAAAUCUUAUACAAGAAAGUUUGAGAUUACGGAUCCGCGAGAAGCUUUGCAGUAUUUUUAUCUUUUGAGGAAGCUGAGAAGCCCCGGUGGAGAAAAUUUGUUCAAUAAAUGCGUCAGCGAACUCGUACUGGAAACACGUGAGUUCGAGUUGCUGUUGGGUCACGUGGAUGUUGAUGGCACUAGAAAGUUUGGCUGCAUCGAAAAAUUUCAAGGCGACAUCGAAGACAUUAUCAACGUUGUUGCCAAGGAUACGGAAGAGAAAGGUCUCUUUGAAGAGGCCGCUAGGCUUUAUGACCUUGCCAAGAAUCACGAGAAGACAGUGGAAGUGUUGAACAAGCUUCUUAGUCAGGUCGUUUCAACUGCACCAACUCCAAAUUCUAACCGAGACAGAUUGAAAACUCUGGCUUUCAAUGUUGCCGAAAGAUAUAAAAGCCAGGGUAACAACGCAUCUCGAAUGACAUUAAACACGUUUUAUCUUCUCUGUGAUCUCAUUCAAUUCUUUGAUCUUUACCAUCAAAAUCUAACGGAUGAAGCGUUUGAGGUUAUGAAAAAGUUGCAGUUGGUUCCAUUAAGUGGUGCGAGCGUAGAUCAAAAGGUUUCGUCAUUUAGGCAGUACACGGAUGAGAUUCGUCGAUGUCUUCCUGAUAUUCUGAUUGCGACUAUGACCAUCCUGUAUAACAAAUACAAAGAAAGAAGACCUGACUAUCCCAGUUCCCCGGCAACGCUCGGUCGAGAAGGUGGAUUGCAAACUUUCCGUAAAAAUAUUCGCCAACAAGCCAGAGCUUUGAUAACUUUUGCUGGUUUGCUUCCGUAUCGAAUGCCUGGAGACACAAGUGCCCGACUUGUACAACUGGAAGUCCUCAUGAACUGAUUGAUUGAUCUCGACUUAUCUUCGGAUGGUAUCGGAAUGUUUCCGGUCGUGCUCAGGUAGCAAUUAUUCAGUUUCGCGCAUAUGACUCCAAAGUUUAUUGAACUUGAUAAUUUCGUGAAGGAAUACUUAAUAUGAUUUACAUAUACACGUACAGGAUAUAUGAUCAUAGCAUUGAUGUAAUGUGUAUUUUUACAUAGUGCCCCUUCCCCUCCCCCCCCAUUUAUGAGAAAUUAACCGUGUUUCAAGGGGGGGGGAUGAAGUAGAAGUGCCAGUGCGUAUGUAUCGUCUGUGUGUCAAAUCAGAGACCUUUUUUUUUCGUAGCACAUCUUCGAAACAAGUGUCCGUUGGAAACUUGUUUCCCUUAAACAUCGCCAAACUUUGCAAAACUGUUGAUUUUGAAAACAAAAAACGCUUUUCUUGUGUAGUAGUCAUCUGCGAUGCACUUGUUUACAACUAACCACCUUGUUAUAUUGAGUGAGUGAGUGAGAAAAUGAAUAUCAUGCAAUUUGAAUGUA